AUGGACGGUGCUGGUAGCAUCACAUUUUGGGGUUAUAGUCCUAGUCUUUGCCUAACAAAAUAUUCUGAUAAGCAAUCAGAAGAUUUACCUCGUCGACUGCUGCUCAUUGGUAGUGGCGAUAUUCGUCACAUACUUCAUACAUUAGCCCUAGCAACAACACCAAUACAUAUUUAUAUUCUUGAGUCUCAACUAGAAGUCUAUGCACGUCAUUUACUUUUUCUUCAAUUAAUAUUCGCAUCGACUGAUCAAAUAGGUUUACAAGAAAAAUGCGAACAUUAUCUUGAAUUAUUUGCUAAUUUACAUAUAAAUACACAUACGGAACAAUAUUUAAAAGAAGCAUCAACUCAACUUAUUCAACAUAUAACAAAUUUAAAUGGAGAAUUUCAAUUGGCAUCGAAUUUAACCGUUGAUACAACAUUAUUAAAAUAUAAAGAGAAAGAUUUUCUCGAAGGUAUCUUUCAAUUUUGGCGAGCACCACCAACGAAACAGCCUUUUCCAGCUGAAUUAGCUUGGGAUGGUCGUGUUCGACAAUAUUUAGGAGCACGUUAUGAUAGUCGUCGUAAUGCUUUCGAUUGGGAUUUACAUAUGAAAUUAACUGAACGAGGUUUUAAACGUUUGAACACAUAUGAAUAUGGUGAUUGGCGUGAAAGUGGUCUUGCUUUUCGUUUAACCCGUCAAGAUUAUACACAGCCAAAUCGAACGCUUGCAUCAUCGUUUGUUUUUCAAAGUUCAGAUGGUACUAGACAAGCUCGUCGUGGCUAUUGGGGUGAUAUUGUAACGGGCCCGUACCUUUCUCAUGGUCUCGUACCUGUUGAUAAUGAUGAUCCAAAAAUGAACGCAAAAGCAAAUGAUAAAUUUGUUAAAACAGGUACCGAUGUAUCUGAAUACAAUGUUCUUAAACUGUUAAGUCAUCUUCAAGAACAAAAUAACCAAUUUAAAAUAGUCCUAUUACCAUUAAAUAGUAUUUCAGAUUUAUGCACGGCUAGUGUAGAACGAUAUCGGCAUUUACAAUUCGAUUUAAUCUAUGUUGGCUGUGGUUUAACACAUCAUCUUAAUGAGCAAGGAGAAAAGUUUUCAUCGUCAAUUAUGUCCGAAGGAUCGCAAUUGAUAUUGGAAUCACCUAGAUUUCUUCUUGAUCUUAAAAUCGAACAAAUCGAACAACUGGAAAAACGUUAUGAUGAAUUGGCAAAAAAUGUUGGAUGCAUUCCACAAGAAAAUGAAGAAGAACUUACAGCUAAUUGUUUUAAAAUUUAUAAAUAUAAUCGUUCAUAA